GUGAUUCUCGAGGAGAUCCUUCUUGAGGUGGCGGCGGUCGGGGUGCCGCUGGGGGAAACCCAGGACGAACUCCGGCUAGCCUUCAAGUCGAACUACCACGGGGAGAUCUUGGACCCAGGCAGCAUGCUGGGGCAACGCUGCUGGGCACAAGUCUACCACGUGCUUCGCUCGGACAGCUCAAUCACAUGGACGCCGUGGGCCCAAGAGAUCAGCGAACGCAAGCGCGCGGAGAUUCUGCAACGGAAAGGCAAUUUUGCGGCACGCAGCAACAGGGAGCUUCUGAUCCAACUGUUUUUGGAAGACACCCCGCAGGUCGACGAGUCAUCCUUUUCGGCGGGCCCGUGGAAGAUCAGCCAGCUCCUUCAGAUUCGGCGGAACACGCUCGCUCUGUGCGGGGCUUGCCGCCUAGCGUCGCACAAGACUUCUGACGCGAAGCUCCUGGCACUCUACGCCGUGCAGUGCAGCCUUGAAAGUGGCCUCCAGAUGGUGUACCAGCUGGUCAACGAGGAGAGCUGGUCUCUCGACGACGCCCUCCUUAAGUUCACCACCGGCAGGCAGGGUCUGGGCACCGCCGUGCAG